AUGAAGCCGUCGCCCGGCACGUUCCGGCCGUCGAGCCCUUCGCCGCUCGCCGAGCCCUUCGGCGCCCCCCUCAAAGUGCUGGGCCAGGCCGCCAGCCCCGGCGACCUCGACAGCCCCGGCACCCACAGCGAGAGCGACGACGACGACGCGCCCGCGGGCAAGCACGUGCUCUCGCCGCUCUUGCACAAGCUCCAGAAGUUCCCGCUUUUCCAGGACGCGCCCGCCAGCUUCCACGCCAAGGUGGCCGCCAAGCUCAACCUCGUGCAGUACCAUCCGCAGGAGUACAUCAUCAAGCAGGGCGACCCGGCGUUGUCCAUGUACUGGAUCUUGAAGGGCUCCGUGUGCGUGGCGUCCACGGACGGCGAGUCCGUCUACGCGGAGUUGGCGCCCGGCUCGUUCUUUGGCGAGAUCGGCAUCUUGUUCAACCGGCCCCGCACCGCGUCGGUCGUGGCGUGCCUGCGCGUGCUCAUGGGCGUGCUCACCGCCGAUGCGCUCAACUCCGUGCUCCGCUCGUACCCGCUCAUCGAGCGGCGCAUCCGCGACGAGGCCCAGGAGCGCUUGGCAAUGCAGGAGAAGAAGAACCGGGCCGACAUCCCCAUUGUCCGCCUGGCCCGCACGCCCGCGCCCACCCCCACCGCGCCGCAGCCGUUGGCCCGGCUCGGCGACGCGCCCCACGACCCCUCGGCCCGCAGGUCCUCGCCCACGCUGGCCGACAACGUCGACCGCACCGUGUCCGUGCACGAGUUCCUCAAGACGGUGCCCAUCUUCCACAACCUCCCGCCGCACAUCCUCCACAGCUUGGCCUUGGGCGCGGAGCCCGUCAAGUGCAUGCCUUUCGAAUACAUUGUCCGCAAGGGGCACACGGGCUCCGACAUAUUCUUCAUCGCCCACGGCGAGGUCGAGGUGGUUGACUUUGACGCCGCCGCCAACGCAGAGAAGGUUCUCGCGCGCUUGUGCAGCGGCUCCUACUUCGGCGAGAUGUCUUUCCUCGAGUACAUCCAGGGCAACGUGUCCCACAGGCGUAGCGCCUGCAUUAGAUCCGUCUCGUCUGCAGAGCUCAUCGUCAUCCGCACGGACCUGUUGAAGGCCGUGUGUCGACAGUACCCGAACGUGGUUGAGGAAAUGCGGGUAACGGCACACCAGCGGAAGUCUUUGAACAGCUCCUUGGACUACGGCAAACUCGCCACGGUGUCCGUGAGGAAGCCUGCCGUCGACGCCUCCAUCAAGUCGCCUCUCCUCCAGCCCUCGUUGUCUCCGCGCUUUGGUCUCCUGUUCGAUCGUGGCUGCCUUAGCCCGCGCGCCCCGAGCCCCAAUCCGCUAAGUGCGGCGGCCCCGCUGCUGUUCUUCAUCAAUCCAAAUUGGAAUGUCAGCUCCUCGGACUCUUCCACCCAGAGCCAGGGCUCCAGUACACGUGCUGUCUCUCCUGUGUCAUUGACAGAUGUCGAUGCUCAAACAGGAUCAAAGUGCUUCAAGAAGAUCAAGGCUGGGGACGACAGGAGUCUCCACCCUAAAAAGAGCUUGUCUGAUUUUACCCUCACAGACGAGCCGCUUCCCCGAGGGCCGUUGGAUAUUGCAGUCCCUCCAAAAAACCCUAUACCGUCGUUCAAUACGUUUCAAGCUCAAUCCAGAAGGAAUUCCUUCCAGUAUAUGCCCCAUAGCAAACGAAGCAAGCUCUCAAGCCUCGCUGGGAGCAGGCGUCCCUCUGUGUUGGUUUCCACUGGCUCGAUUCCCGAUAAGGUCUUGCUUGGGGCGUUUGAGUUCUUGUCUCUUCCAGAGCUCAUGAAGUUACGGCUCGUCAGCAGACGCUGGAGGCAGUUGUUGUAUGUCGCCCCGAACUUGUUCGAAAAGCUUGAUCUUUCUAAGUGGAACACUCUUAUUACUGAUCAGGCCCUCAUCUCUAUCACAGACUUCGUUGGUUCGAGGCCAAACUACAUCGAUAUCUCCAACUGCUUUCAUGUUACCGAUGAGGGUUUCAGCUACCUUGUCAAUGAGGUGGGUAUGGCUGGCAGUAUCACCGUGUUCAAAAUGCGCUGCCUCUGGGAGGUCAGCGCUAUGGCCAUCAUGGACCUAACAUCCCCGUCCGUUGGCAAACAUUUACAAGAAGUGGACUUUUCUAAUUGCCGAAAAGUACAGGACAACGUUGUUGAAAGACUAAUUGGGUGGUCAAACGUGAAGCCAGGUAUCAUGUCACAGUCCCCUGGCUCCGAGGGUAUUUACAACAACGAAGCUGGUUCAAAGCAUCUACGGAUUCUCAAUCUCGGAUAUUGCAAGCAUUUGACAGAUAACAUCAUGAACCAUAUUUCCGUUCACGCCAAUGAGAGGCUUGAGUCCCUAGAUUUGACUAGAUGCACAACAAUCACUGAUCUCGGCUUUCAGUACUGGACAUACAAAUCAUUUCCCAAUCUCAAGAAAUUGUCACUCAAAGAUUGCACUUUCUUAUCCGACAAGGCUGUCAUAUCCCUUUCAAAUGCGGCACCGAACCUCGAAAUAUUGAAUCUCAACUUUUGUUGCGCUCUUCUGGAUUUAGCCAUUGACGCCCUAUAUCAAGGAUGCCCCAACUUGAGAGAAUUGGAUCUAUCGUUCUGUGGUUCUGCCGUCAGCGACCGGUCCCUAGUUUCUGUCUCGCUCCAUUUAUUCAACCUCCAGAAACUUAUUGUGAAAGGUUGCGUGCGUGUCACCAGAGCUGGUGUCGAUGCUCUAUUGAGUGGAUAUGCGCCAUUGACGUACAUCGACAUCAGUCAAUGCCGCAACGCGCACGAAUACCCAGGUGGAAUACCAGCACAGAGCCUUCGGGUCAAUCCUUCCACCAAGUCCGCCUUCAUCACCACAGGAGCGGCUCAGAGAAUUGUAGAAAUGGUUAUUUGA